AUGAUCUUUGGUCUAUUUAUAUCGCAUUCAUAUAGCGCAAAUCAAUAUAAUUAUGAUCAAUCAACUAAGAAGUUCACAAUCAUAACUGAUGAAAACUAUACUGUCGAUGAUAUCAAGAAAGUUUUCCAAACAACUAUGGACUUCACUUCCUUAAGCAUUCAAGGAACAUGCAACAAUAUCCCAUUACAUGCUUUUGAUGGUGCUUCUGAACUUACAACAGUUGAGAUUACAGCUCCAAUCACACACAUUUAUGGCUUCGCCUUUGCUCAUUGCCAAAAGCUUACAACAUUCACAGCUCCAGAAUCACUUGAAUAUAUUGGAUACAAUUGUUUUUCACAAGAUAUUGCUCUCGAAACAUUUUAUUGGAGAAACCAUCUUAUGACAAUUAACUCUAAUACAUUCGAAAACUGUUCAUCACUCACAACCUUCAAGCAGGUUGAUGGUGAUACAACUCAAUCCGUCCAAGGUGUUGAAAAGAAAUUUGGUGAUUUCGUCUUUAUGUACUGUGAAAAGUUGACAGAAUGCCAACUUCCAAGUGAUAUUAAGACCCUUGGAAAGCAAGUCUUUGCUGAAACACCAUCUUUGAAAUCACUUGAAUUUCCAGUCAACUACAAAAAAGUAGAUGAAUAUGCAUUCCAAGGAUGUGCUCUUGAAAAUGUCAACCUUGCUGAUGUUGAAGUUGUCAGUUUCUUUGCUUUCUCCGGAUCACAACUUAAAUCUGUCACCUUCUCAGAUAAGCUUCAACAGAUCUGCGUCAGUGCUUUCGAUGGCUGCAGAUUUCUCACUACUGUCAAUGGUCUCGAUACCAAUGAAAAUUUCGUAAUUCAAAAUGCAGCAUUUGAAGGAUGCAUUUCUCUUAAGAGUAUGAAGAUUCCAACAGGAAUGACAGAGAUUCCAGACUACAUCUUUGCUGUUUGCAGCGCUAUGACAUCUAUUAAUCUUCAUAACAAUAUCAAGAAGAUUGGAAAACGUUCAUUCUUCAACACCGGAAUCACUUCAAUCCGUGUUGGUCCAUUAGUUGAAGAAAUUGGAGAGGCUGCAUUCGGAUCAAUGAAGGAACUUAAGGAAAUUUCUGUUGAUCCUUCAAACAAGAACUUUGCAUAUGAUGAUACAGGCAAAUUCCUUUGCAAUAAAGAUAAGCAAGUAAUCUACCUCUAUCCACAAGAAAAUGCUGCAAUAAAGCUUACAAUUCAGAAUACUUUUACAACAAUUCUUCCAUAUGCUUUUGCUUAUUCAAAGAAUCUUGCAGAAAUUUCCCUUCCUGAUGAACUCGUUCUUAUUGGCGGCAAUGCUUUUGAAGGAUGCAGUAAAUUGCAAGCCAUUGUUUUCCCUAAGAAGGCAACAACCAUAUUUAUGAAUGUAUUCGCCAACUGCAAAGCCCUUAUUUCAAUUGAUAUUUCAAAUGUUGAAACAAUUAAUGAUGAUGCUUUCCGUGGCUGUGCAGCCCUCAAAGACAUCAAAUUUGGAACUUCAUUACAAUCAAUCUCCAAAGAAGUAUUCCAAGGUUGUUCAGCAAUUCAAGUUUUAGAUUUCUCUAAUUGCCAAAAUCUAACAUAUAUUGGAGAAUAA